GAUUGUUUCCUUUCGCCCCGAGCGCAAGUGUGCCCGUCCGCUGAGCCAAGAGUGAGCGCCAAGACACUGCCGUGCGCGCCCUUCGCUCUGCACGCGGACGCCCGCCACGGCCUGGGUGUGUGUUAUCGUUGGUUCCAUAGUUCCGUGCGAGUGUUUAGUGGUUGUUACAUUUCUUGCUGGUACUUGAUCGAUGUGACAUCGCCCCGUGUACUAUCUUUAUGUGGCCGAGUGUUCAUACAUUCAUACGCUUGCCGGUGCUUUAAAGUGUGCGUUAUCGGUUUUUGGCCGCAUUUUUUUGGUUGGGGGAUGGUUUUUUGACCAUUUCAUCUACUGGCUGUCUGUCUACAAACGAUGAACGGUCGGAUCGCAUAAGUGUGUUGUGGCCUUGAACGGAGUGCCACCCUUUGUUUGGUGUCGAUGAAAACGGACGGAUUCCGGUGUUGCUAAAGAUAAAUCAACGUCAAUCAAGCUUACCCAGUACUUAUUCUCCCACACAAGAAGCGCACUUCAGUACGCGGCGCUGGAACGGACGAUGCACCAUUAAGGUGGUCCAAAAAAAAAGACGGCAACUUCUCAAGUGGUGUAAAUUGGAGUAAAAUAAUUUUCCUGCAAAACGUGCCAUACGGGUUGCUUACGGUGAGCCUUCGUGAGCACACGCCAAAUAACGAAAGUGCCCUGGACCUCGUGUUGUAUGGAUCCGGACACGGCAACAGCUGGCAGUGCGUCGGUGGUGAGUUACUGUCUCUUUGCGGCCGACACUGGCAACAACUCUCAUAGACCCCGGACUGGCAGCAUUACCAUGAUGGACGACAUGAGCGUAUGGACGCCGAUGGAUACGAGUUGCAUCGGGGACGGUUCGGAUCGUGGCGGCGAUUGUUACAACGAGAACAAAGUUACCGUGAGCUUCUGUGCCAACGCCAUCACGGCUGAUGCCGUCGAACAGCUGGUGGUAAAGGAAUCGGACUGUCAGAUGCAGCUGAUGACGAAGCCAACAGAGGUGGCGGUGGUGGUCGACACACCCAACAAUCGUGUCCGCGUGGCGCUGGGUGUACUGAUCCGACUGAUGCUUCCGCUUACGCAUGGUGUCGCACGUGGCUGGAAAGGGCUGCGCGGUCUCAGUGUGCUGGCACUACUCCGGAAGGUUCGCGAAAGCCAUGGCCUGUUAACGACCCUGUUCGCUGUGGCGGCCAACACCGUGUCAAUGAGUCUAUCCUCCGUACAAGUGGCGCAUCGGAUCGAUCCACUCCUGCGCGUGAUCAAGCUGCGGAAGGACUCUUCUACCACUCCUGGAUCACCUGCAUUGGCAAUCAAAGGAAUCCCGGAAGCACUAACCCAGCCCAACACACAGCUAGCAACGUUGCGUGUACCACGCCAUCUACCGGACAGGUGUGUCGAUUUGGUCGUACUAGCGGAACCACCGCCGGGUGUACCGAUACGUGCGGAUAUAGUGCUCAUUCACGGAUUGCACGGUUCCCUGGUCAACACCUGGAAGCAGGGAUUGUGGAAUAGUGAGGGCCGUCUAGUGAACUUCGAACGACCUCCGAAGCCUCCGCUAAGGCCACCGAAAAGGCAACGCCACUCAAGGGCGAAUCUGUUCGCACCGCCACACGUUUCCAAGCGGCCAAAGUUCGAUUGCUCCAACGAGGAUGGGCUGGAGCAGAAUAACAACGAGUCAACGUACCGUUGGACAGACCCGUCCCCCGAUGAGUCUCGGUCAACUUCGUACGAGUUUGCUCACCGGCGCUAUACGUACGAAUGUGGUGAACCGGACGAGGUACACUUUGCGGACGAUGUAGAGUACAGUUUUCCCACCUUCCGGUUGCGCAUAGAGGAGGAGCAUAGUCGCAAAACGUCCACCAUCGAUGAUGGAAUGCCAACGGCUGCUGGCGGAAAGCGGAAGCUCCCGAAACCGACCAAGGAUGCAAAUUGGUCAUCCUGCUGGCCGGGCGAUUGGCUCCCAUUGGAUUGUCCGGGAGUGCGCGUGAUCGCCGUCAACUAUACUACCGAUCCGUACCUUUGGCGACCGGUGUGGAUUACUAAAAGGAAUCGAUCAAGUCUGGUUGACCGAGCACGGGAAAUGAGCGAUCUGCUGAUAGCUAAAGGUGUCGGCCGUGGUCAUCCAAUUGUUUGGGUUGGCCAUUCGAAGGGUGGCAUCUUCAUCAAGCAGAUACUGGUGGAUGCGUGGGAAAGUGGUCGUCCAGCGGCUGAGCCAUUGUGGCGCUCCUCACGAGGUACUUUCUUCUAUUCCGUUCCACACCGGGGAUCUCCACUGGCCGACUUCAAUUUGCCACUGUUGCGUCAAUCGGUGGAGUUGCUGGAAAUACAGAAAAAUUGUUCCAGUAUUCUGGAGCUGCAUAGUCGCUUCGUUGCCCUGUAUCACAGUGGCCAGCUGAAGAUAGACGUGUUCAGCUUCGUCGAAACGGCCUUGACGCUAAUGUCCGUACUGUACCUGCGCAUAGUCGGGAUUGAUUCUGCUGAUCCCGGCAUCGGUGAAGUCUGCGGAGUACAUCUAGACCAUCGAGAAAUUUGCAAACCCCGCAGCCGCAACUGCAUCCUCUACACCGAGUUAGUGAAAAUGAUUAACCGUGUGAGUUGAAGCCAAAGACAACGUGAUAUGGGAGUACCAGUACUGGAAGCAAGCAGUCGAACAUGUACAUAGUAACUAGACAGUGUAAGAAAAAACGUGAAUCACGCUACGGACGUACCGGAGAUGGAAACAAGGCAGGCGGAAGGCACUUUGAGAAAGAGGCUCAAUAUUUGUUUUAAAAUAUGUUUCCACUUUAAAGCGUUUGCUACAAACGAACCCAGUUACCCAUAAGAAGUGUACCAAGCGACCAUGUGAAUGUGACGGCCACUGAGCUACCACCGAGAACGGUUAAGACAACUUACUGGUAGAUACGUUAGUGUACGAUAUGAGAUUAGAUCGCCCAAAACAACCUGAAUAAUGGCCGUGUUACCGAUUUGUUUAAUCAGUAAAUUUUUUUUAAAUGUUUUUAAGUUAAGCAUAUUUGUUGUUUCGUUUUGUCUUAUUACGACAUUGUUUUAGCACGCAAAGUUUAACUUUCUCGCAAUCGGAACCUUAGCCGUUAGGGACGCUGAUUGGUGUCAAAUGCAGCAACAGUUUAAAUUCACACCGUUACGGACACGUAUCUUUUACUUCCUCAAAUUUAUGUUGCGAUGCUGGCCAAGCUGGCAAAGAGGAAACUAUCGAGCGAAGGGAACUACGUACGCCAGCCCUACUACUACUACUACUUUGUGAUAACCGAUGAAGCAGUGCGAGGUGAGAUGUUUAGAGUAGGGUUUUUUGGAGUGCGUCACUAGUGAUAUAGGGACACACUUCUCACGUAAUAAAUAUUCGAUCGAUGGACCUGCAUUCCACGAUUAGCGAUACAAAAAAACAGUUUUACAAAUUGUUUUUUUUUCUCCCGAAAAUUCGAUUUCUUUUAUAAUUAAAUAAAAAAAACAUAUUAAAAGUUGAAUUUCGUUCGAUUUCCCAACUUCUCCCUAAACAUGUUACGAUUAAACAAACAUAUGUUUCCAUUUUUUUCAGUUUCAUUUUAUUAUUAAAUACUUUCUCGGUGUAAAUAUCCGCGAUGCUUCGUAACAGCUCGAUAAACUAUGCAGAAACAAUAAAUAAGUAACGAAACUACAAAA